CGCCAAUUGAGGACACGGUUUCUAGCAGCUUACCAGUGCCAUCAGUGAAUCUUUCGGAGACACCAUAAACUGCGCUUAUAACCUCGACAGCUAAUUGUCUCCUUUCACUGGCUCUCCCCCGUCCUCUCUCUGUAUUCGUUGCUCGACAUUUUCACUGCUGCAUCAUUACUCUACACAAGCUGAGGAGCUUCUUUCCACCAACCCCAUUCAUCUCCUCGACACGGCGCGCGAGCUAGCUGCUCUGUCUGCAGACAACACACGACGCAACACCAAAAGCAAUGGCACAGAUUCGUGGAACGGCCAACUACCACCUUGGUAGCCAGCCUCAGUUUGGCAGCUCAUCAGCUGCUGCGGGCGAUGAUCCCAGCCCGCUCGACCAAAUCCGAGAGCAAACCUCCAAGAUUGAGGAUUUCUUGGACACAUACAGCGAACCCAUCAAACCAUACCUGCCAGCCCUCGGUCGGUUUUUGAUUGUCGUCACUUUCAUCGAGGAUGCGUUGAGAAUCCUCACACAAUGGAGUGACCAGCUUCUGUAUCUACACGACUACAGGCAUUUUCCUACCGGUCUCAACCACAUCUUCCUGCUCGUCAACGUUAUUGCCAUGAUCUCUGGUUCCGUACUCGUCAUUACCCGCCGCUAUUCCGACUAUGCUGUUGCUGGACUCAUGGGUGUUGUUGUGAUUCAAGCUCUCGGCUACGGCCUGAUUUUUGACCUGAACUUCUUCCUGAGGAAUUUGUCCGUUAUUGGCGGACUUCUGAUGGUCCUGUCUGAUUCCUGGGUCCGAAAGACAAAGGCAUUCGCUGGUCUGCCCUCGAUCGACGAGAAGGACCGUAAGAUGUACUUUCAGCUUGCUGGGCGUGUUCUCCUUAUCUUCCUGUUCAUUGGCUUUGUUUGGAGCGGCGAGUGGUCCCUGUGGAGAAUCAUUACCUCUAUCGUUGGUCUGGUUGCUUGCGUCAUGGUCGUUGUGGGAUUCAAGGCCAAGUUCAGCGCCACUCUCCUGGUCUUGAUUCUGAGUGUUUUCAACGUCCUCGUAAACAACUUUUGGACUCUUCACGAGCACCACCCCCACAAGGACUUCGCCAAAUACGAUUUUUUCCAGAUCUUGUCAAUCGUCGGAGGUCUUCUGCUCCUUGUCAACAGCGGACCGGGCCAGUUCAGCAUCGACGAGAAGAAGAAGGUCUACUAGACAGAAGAAAUCCAUCUGUCAUCAUAUAUACCGACACAGAAAGAGUACGGACUUGCACAUGGUCCAAGACAGUCCGCUGGACAUGCAUUAUUCGGCGCAAAGGACGUGCAGUUAGCGGAUGGGCUGAACCGGCGCAGCCGGGCCCCUGCAUCAGCUUGGUGUAAAAAGAUUAUAUUCAAGGGAUUAUGAGAAUUUCUUCCUCAACUCGAAUAAAAGCAUUAUUCUAUAAGUCAUUUUGUGUCGCACGCAUGUACCUGUCGUAUUUCCUAAGCAGCACUAGCCAUGGAAUCCGUGUUCCCAGCUGGAUUCCAAGACCUCGGUCAUUUUAUGUCGAACAUCGACGUUGCUCUACAUUGUCUCACGUCAAAGAAGUAAGAUUUCCAACGCCGUUUGAUGUCGGUGCGAUCAUGGUCUUUGCAAUUCUUUACAAGCAGCUGACGACAAUCGACGGAUCGAUGAAUUGAUGACGAGGAAGUUCUGA